AUUUCAUCGUUGUGAGAAGCUGCCAGAGAUCUUAUAAUGGCCUUGAUUUGUAGCGCUCUACCAUUUGUGGGCGACUGCCGCGGCUCUGUUCGGCAACGAUGACCUCGAUCCCACGCCCUCCACAUGCAGUAGUGGUGCCCUUUCCUAGUCAAGGCCAUGUCAAUCCGCUCAUGCACUUUGCCAAGCUCUUGGCCGCCAGGGGAUUCUUCGUAACUUUCAUCAACACAGACUGGAUGGAACAGAGGAUCUUCAAAACGCCCAACGAUUCCGCGGCCGUUUCCAAUCAGUUGCAGGAGCAAGGCCUUCAGAUUCGCUUUCUGGCUCUUCCCGAUGGCCUCCCUCCCGACCAUGGACGAGUACAAGCGAUUUAUGAGUAUUUCCAGGCCACGCAAAAGUUAGGCCCUGCCAUGGUUCGACUCCUGCAGAGCACCGCCAAUGAAGCCCCGCCGAUCACUUGUAUUGUCAGCUCUUGCUUCAUGUCUUGCACCCACCAACUAGCCACAUCGCUGGUUCUGCCUCGCGUUGUUUUCUGGACCUUCUGCACCUCUGCCGCCAUCGUAUUUGCCAAUUGUCGGAUGCUUCUGGAGAAGGGAUACAUUCCAAUAAAUGUGAAGGAGGCACGGCGGGCGGAAAACCUUAUCACUUGUCUUCCGGGUAUGAUUCCCCCUUUGCGGCAAACGGACCUUCCGACUGCUUUCAGAGUUGAAGACACGGCCGAUUCAACGUUUCAAUUGAUGAUGUACGAAUCCGAGAUUCAGAACAAGGCGGAUUAUGUGCUUAUCAAUGCGUUUGAAGAGCUGGAAGGCCCCGAGGCUGCAGAGGGGCUCUCCAAAGGCUACCCUGCUCUGCCCAUCGGCCCUGUCUUCCUUCCCGACUUCCUCCAAGCGACUAAAUCCUCUGUAAGUGUUGCUACCAGCCUGUGGGAAGAGGACCUGGAUUGCCUUCAAUGGCUUCAGACUAAAGCACCUUCCUCUGUUCUGUACGUCUCUUUUGGGAGCAUCGUGGUGAUGUCGAUGGAGCAGUUGCAUGAACUGGCCCUAGGGCUGGAGGCCAGCGAGCAGCCUUUUCUGUGGGUAUUACGGCCUGACAUAAGCGAGGGAAAAGCCACGGUGUUGCCCGAGGGAUUCAGAGAACGAAUUGGGGAGCGCGGAAGGAUUGUGCAGUGGGCGCCUCAAUUGAAGGUGCUUUCCCAUCCCUCUGUUGGCGGAUUCUUGACCCACAAUGGAUGGAACUCCACUUUAGAAAGUAUUAGCUUGGGAGUGCCCAUGAUUGGAUGGCCUCUCUGGGCAGAACAGUUUCUCAACGGCAGAUUUUGCAAGGAGAUAUGGAGGAUUGGCAUGGAUUUCGAGUCUCGAGUUGAAGAUGAGAAUGCUUUGGUAUCGAGGGAGGAGGUGGAGAAGGUGGUUCGGGCAAUGAUGGAAGGCCCCCAAGGAAAGGAAUUAAGAAAGAAUGUGGCAAGGUUAAAAGAGGCUGCAACGAAAGCAGUGAUGCCGGGGGGUUCAUCUUAUCGAAAUUUGGAUAAAUUUACCAGCGACAUGACUGCAAGAGCCAACUCCCAGUUUGAGUAGAUCGAGGUUUUCAUGGUUUUACUUUUGAAGUGCUAAUCUGUAAUAAGGGAGAGACAGAAAAUCUGUUUGUACCUUAUGUAAUCUCAUGUGAUGUACAUGGUAUUAUGAUUAUGUUUGUAAGUUUACCCACUCUGAAGAUUAUGAGCUGUUCUGGACUGUUUUCUUUGA